AUGGACUUUCAGCAACGCAUUGUUGAGUGUGGUCGGAUGUUGGGACGUUGCGGAAAAGAGCACUUCAGACGCUUUGGUACACAGAUACAAAAACUUCGCAGUAGAUUGGAUAUCCUUAGGGAUUCCCGGGAACAACAGGCAGUAAACGAUUACAUGGCGAUGAAGACGAGCACUACUUCAGAUAUCUUGAACAGGGUGGCGAGCCGCGUAACGGAGGAAAUGAAUGCUUCUUUGUUACUCCCUUUCACUAUGGCCGAAUUCAAAUCUGCUCUCUUUUUGAUGGCCCCGGAAAAGGUGCCGGGCCCUGAUGGGACUCAACGACUCCAAUAUCGUCUUGAUUCCGAAAAAAAGGUCCCGAAUGGAGUUGCUGAUCUACGCCCGAUUGCCCUCUACAACGUGGCAUAUAAGACUAUUAACGGGCAACAUCAUCGUUGCCGGGGAAGUGGGUCACUAUCUGAGAAGAAAAUUAAACAGGACGAUGGGAUGGACCGCCUUGAAACUCGAUAUGGCCAAGGCGUACGACUGGAUGGAAUGGGGCUUCCUGGAAGGAAUAUUAAUGGAGACAGCGCGGGCACAAUACACCCCACAUGUGGCAUUCAGCAAGGGGACCCGCUGUCCCCAUAUCUGUUCAUCCUCUGUGCUAAAGGCCUGUCUAUAUUUCUUCGACAAGCCGAGGCCCGAGGGGACAUCCAUGGAGUUAGAAUAGCGAGGGGUGCCCCAUCGGUAUCCCACCUGUUCUUUGCCGACGACAGCUUACUAUUUUUUAGAGCCAACAAAGUGGAAGCACAAAAGAUCAAAGAUUGCUUAGAGGUUUACAGUGCGGCAUUGGUACAGGUAAUUAAUUAUGAGAAGUCUAACUCCAUGUUUAGCUCGAACACUGAUUCGAGUAUAAGAACGGCUGUGACGGAAUGCGUGGGAGUUCGGGAAACAACUGAUUUGGGCCGCUACUUGGGAUUGCCGUCGGUUUUGGGCCGUAAUAAAUUGGAUACCUUUCAGUUUAUUGAACAGAAGGUGUGA